UAAUUUCUAGCUGGUGUAAUCCCCCCAAAUUCAGUGCUUCAUUUUGAUGUGCUUCUGAUGGAUAUUUGGAAUUCUGAAGACCAGGUUCAGAUUCACACUUAUUUUAAGCCCUCCAGUUGCCCUCGAACCAUCCAGGUGUCUGACUUUGUAAGGUACCACUACAAUGGAACGUUUUUGGAUGGGACGCUGUUUGAUUCGAGUCACAAUCGCAUGAAAACAUAUGACACAUAUGUGGGAAUUGGCUGGCUGAUUCCUGGAAUGGACAAAGGACUGCUGGGGAUGUGUGUGGGGGAAAAGCGCACCAUCACCAUCCCGCCUUUCCUGGCCUAUGGAGAAGACGGAGACGGGAAAGACAUUCCUGGACAGGCAUCCCUGGUAUUUGAUGUUGCAUUAUUGGAUCUCCAUAACCCAAAGGACAGCAUUUCCAUUGAGAACAAGGUAGUACCUGAAAACUGUGAGCGGAGAAGUCAAAGCGGGGACUUUCUCAGGUAUCAUUACAAUGGCACACUUCUGGACGGCACCCUCUUUGAUUCCAGCUACUCGCGGAACCGUACCUUUGACACGUACAUCGGGCAGGGCUACGUGAUUCCUGGGAUGGAUGAAGGUUUACUUGGGGUGUGCAUCGGAGAGAAGCGAAGGAUUGUGGUGCCCCCGCACCUGGGGUACGGAGAGGAGGGAAGAGGGAAUAUCCCUGGCUCAGCUGUGCUGGUGUUUGACAUCCAUGUGAUUGACUUCCACAACCCUACAGACUCCAUCAGCAUCACCUCCCACUACAAGCCUCCUGACUGCUCAGUGCUGAGUAAGAAGGGGGAUUACCUCAAGUAUCACUACAAUGCCUCACUUCUGGAUGGGACCCUGCUGGACUCCACAUGGAAUUUAGGCAAAACAUAUAAUAUUGUUUUGGGGUCUGGACAAGUCGUGUUGGGAAUGGACAUGGGUCUCCGAGAGAUGUGUGUCGGGGAGAAACGGACAGUGGUCGUCCCGCCCCACCUGGGCUACGGCGAGGCUGGUGUGGAUGGGGAAGUGCCCGGCAGUGCUGUGUUGGUGUUUGACAUCGAGCUGCUGGAGCUAGUGGCCGGCCUGCCUGAGGGGUACAUGUUCGUAUGGAAUGGCGAGGUGUCACCCAACCUCUUUGAGGAGAUCGACAAGGACAGCAAUGGAGACGUCCUCCUUGAAGAGUUCUCAGAGUACAUUCAUGCCCAGGUGGCAUCUGGCAAAGGGAAACUUGCUCCUGGUUUUGAUGCUGAAAUGAUCGUGAAGAAUAUGUUCACCAACCAGGACCGCAACGGAGAUGGGAAGGUUACGGCUGAGGAAUUUAAACUCAAAGACCAGGAGGCCAAACACGAUGAACUCUAAACCUGACACAAGCCAGUUGGUGCCAAGGACGGUGUGACACCAAGCCACCUGUGGUGGCAGGAUGUGCAGUGAGCGUGCAGGGGUCUCUCAGAAGGUGCAUCAUUAGCAAGUAGUAGGUGGGUCACUGAGUACCUGGUGUGUGCAUCGGGUGGGUUGUACGUGGUGAGAAUUUUAGACUGACUGCCAGUGAUAGUAAGCAGAAUCGUUGCAAAGUGCCUUACCAUGGGACGUGUAAAGUUUCGAAAAGGCAGCACUGCCAACCAUUUGUGAGCCUUCUGGGGAGUUUUGUUGUUAAAGGAAAAUAGUGUCACACCGAAGUUUUAACCAUCCUGGAGAGAA